AUGGACCACUACCCUGAAGUCAACGUCAACGAACGCGAGACCCCGACUUCGAGAAUAUCAUCACGCCACGACUCCGCAUCUUCAGUCGGCAAACGCUCCACUGCGUCCCAGGGCUCCCGAAAUAUGCGAUCCACGAAAUCAUCUACCCCACAGUCUUAUUCCUACCAUUCUUUCCCCUCCCCUUCUACACACUCGUCGGAACACUCCUCCCGCUCCAGCUCCAGCUCCUCGAACAAAUCAAAUUACCAGCGCAUCGAAGCAGAGUACUCGCGGUAUACCCAGGCGCCGCCACCGUAUAGCGAAAAGCAAUAUGAGGGAAAGACGGAAGAUGAAAAGUCAAGUAUGCGGAUGACCGACUAUGCAAAGGAGCUUUCAAGGAUGAUGGGACGGCAGCUAAUAAGAGGCCUGAAGAUUAGUGAAAGGGAGAAGUUGAGGAAGGAGGACAAGUGA